AUGGCCGAAGGCGGGGCAGGCAAAGGUGGUGGAGAAGAGCCCGGGAAGCUGCCAGAGCAGGCAGAGGACGAAUCCCAGGUUUUGCACGGAACUGGCCACUGCAAGUGGUUCAACGUGCGAAUGGGAUUUGGAUUCAUCUCCAUGAUAAGCCGAGAGGGAAGCCCCUUGGAUAUUCCAGUCGAUGUAUUUGUACACCAAAGCAAAUUAUUCAUGGAAGGAUUUAGAAGCCUAAAAGAAGGAGAACCAGUGGAGUUCACAUUUAAAAAAUCUUCCAAAGGCCUUGAAUCAAUACGGGUAACAGGACCUGGUGGGAGUCCCUGUUUAGGAAGCGAAAGAAGACCCAAAGGGAAGACACUACAAAAAAGAAAACCAAAGGGAGACAGAUGCUACAACUGUGGUGGCCUUGAUCAUCAUGCUAAGGAAUGCAGUCUACCUCCUCAGCCAAAGAAGUGCCAUUGCUGUCAGAGCAUCACGCACAUGGUGGCGAACUGCCCCCACAAAACUGCGGUGCAGCCGCCAGCCAGUUCUCAGGGAAGACAGGAAGCGGAGCCCCAGCCGUGCACGUCGCCGUUCCCUCGGGAGGUGGGGGGAGGGCACGGCUGUCCGUCAUUUCAGGAGGCGAGGUCCGAGCUCUCAGAGUGGCCAGGCAGGGCCCCUCAAGAAGCUUCCUCCACCAAGUCAUCUGCAGCACCGGAAGAACAAAGCAAAAAGGGGCCUUCCGUUCAAAAAAGGAAAAAGACAUAACCCUUCCUUAACGUAUCAUUUUCUCUCCCCGGUUGGGAAGUCUACCUCAUGCAUAUUCAGGGGAACA